GCAUAAAAAUAAGCUGAUGAUCUUAAUUAGUUUAUUUAAUCGGUCUAACAUAGAGGUUCCAGUAGAGGGAAGUAGAGGGAUGGUGGUUGGCCCCUCACCAGUGGGAGGAGCUUCGAAUGUGAGCAAGUGAAGCAUGAGAACAGAUUCAGACUUCAGAGCUCAGAGACUAAGAGACAGACAGACUGAGAGGCAGACAGGAGGGAAAAUGGUUUUAAACUGGAACCUGGAGCUGCUGACAACAGACUCUGCAAACUAUGGACUCUGAGUCCGUUGACCUGUGUGUGAGAAAAGUCCUCUCCUCACUCUACCCACCCUUCAGAGUCACGUCUGAGACCGUCCUCUGUCAGGUCCUCAGUGUGAUCAACAGCUGCUACAGAGGAGACAUUGUACGCUUCCUUUUGCACUUCCUGUUACCUGCCAAGCACCUGCUAGAAACACUCCAACAGCACAACUUUGUGCCCUCCUGCGAUGAAGGUUGGCCUCUGUGUGUUCAGGGGAAGUUAGUCAUUCAUCUGUGUCCUCUGGACCAGCACCUCCUUCUCCCUGGUGACUUCUACUUGCAGGUCUCUCUACCUCUUGGGUCAUACAACGCCUCCUGUAGGAGCAGUGCGUCCCCUUCACCCCGUCUGCUCCUGUGCAGCAUCACCGCAUGUAGCAGCCAUGUGGAACAGCAGGAGUUGUCGGAGGUAGCCCUGCGCUCUCUCUUCAGCAUGGCGUGGCUGGACUCAGCCAACAGGGAGAGGGAGCGACGAGGAGCACCCAGACUGGAGCGCUGCAUUCUUGUUGCCAACACUGAUGUCUUCAAGGUUCCCUGGGAAGACCUGGUCUACCCACAGCUGCUUAGUCGUUCCUGCACCGCCCACAAGCACCAACAGGAGGUGCAUCAUAUUGACUCCUCCACUCUGGAAGAUGUUAAAGUCUUCCAACCUACAAAAACAGAACAGUCAAGCAGUGAGGCAGACGACUCAGAGGGGGAGUACGUGGAGCUGUCGGAGCUCAAACCCCCGACAGAGCCUUGUUUAUCACCACAGAGAGGGUCAUUAACUCAGAAGAUCAGUCGUCAGCUGAGACUCAGGGGCAGCACACACACCUUCACUGACACUCACGCUCUCUACCACACACUGGAAAACACAGAAUCAGACAAACACGGACUCCAGCCACAUAACUACACAUACACAAGUGCAGAUACACACUCACCUCACAAUACACAGUUAUCUGACAACACACACACCUUGACUGAGACAACUAAACACACACAGCAACCAGAUUAUGCACAACACACUUCAAGACUUAGUGAGGUCAUGGAGGAAGCCUCUACUCUCUCCUGCUCCUUCUCCGCCUGGAGUCCUCCUGAAAUCAUAGAAACCUCCUCGAGUCAACCACAGCCAGAGGAGCAAAAACAAGGUAUGAAGGAGGAGAUGGGGCAGAAGGAAAAUGCAAUACUGUUGGAGAAGGAGGAGGAGGAGGAGGAGGAGGAAGGUGUUUCAGGGAACAAUGCAAUAGGGAUGGAGAAGGAAGAUGAGGAUGAGAAACAUAAAAGUAAAGAGGAAGCACAACUCUUAAUUGUUCAGGACAGUCGUGAAGAAAAAGAGGACCAAGAGGAAGUGAUGAAAGAAAGAAAGAGUGGAGGAGAGGAGGAAAGUGCUGGCUCAGUUCUAAAAACAGACUUUGAUUCUUAUUAUAUAAACAGCACACACAGAACAAAUGCAGUGGACUGUUGUUCUGAAAAGACCAGUUACGUAAACACUAACCUGUAUUCUGAAAACACAGCACAAACUACUUUUGGAGACUGUUACCAUGGAAAUAUAACAAAACCACCAUCUGCUGCUCAUGAAAAUAUGUCACACAGAACAAACCCUGAGGACUUAUAUUGUGGAAAUACAACACAAGCAACAGACUCCCAGGACAUAAAUGGUGACAUGGGGACAAACUCUGAAGUCUUUUACUGUGAAAAUACCCCCCGGAGAAACUCUGUGGAAUUUAAUAAAACAAAUUCAACUCAGAGACUUAGUUCUGAGGAGACUGGUUGUGAUAAUACCACACUGAGAACAAACUCUGAAGACUCAUAUUGUGAAACUGCCACACAAUCAAAUUCUAACUGUGCGAUAGAGACACGACAAACUAACUCUGGGGGUUCUUGUUCUGAAGGUGCCACACCGAGAAAAAGAAAUAAAAGAAGACGGAGAAGAAGAAGACUCACUAACAGCACUUCCCUUAGUUUUGCAGACACAAAUUCUAACAAUACCACACUGAGAACAAGCUCUGAAAAUUCAUGUUGUGAAAAUACAGCACAAACAAACCGCGGGUAUGAAAAUACCCCGCCAAGCUCAAAGUCCGAUGUCUCUAUUUGUAAAGAUGAUUUAGAGAAAGAUACAUUACAUGACUCCUGUUUUGAUAUUACUACACAGAAGGAAGAGUUUAAGGACUCUUAUUGUGAAGAAAUCACUCAACCCAACUUUGGUGACUCUUAUUGUGAAAAUAACAAACAGAAUAAAAACCCUGAGGACCCUUUUUGUGACUAUGCCACAAAGGAAUCGGAUUCAAAUUAUUCUUUUGGGGAAAGUGUCUCUCCUCAAAGUUGUGGAGUCACAGAUGGGACAAACUCUGAGGAUGCUUGUUGUGAAAACGCCACUCAACCUGUCUCUGAGGACCUUUUUUGUAAAAAAAACACUCAGCCUGGUUCCAGGGAGUUUCAUUGUGAAAAGCCUGGACUCUUGUUUUGA